AUGACGCUGGCGGAAAAGAUCCUGGCGCACCACGCCUUUUCGCUUCCAUCCGCGGAGGGCUUGAAAGGGGGUGACUUUAUCCGUGUCACGGUCGACUGGAUCAUUGCCAGUGAGCUAUCCUGGGUGGGCAUGAAACACAGUAUGACCAGCAUCGGGGAAGAGCCGACGGUUUGGCGAAAUGACCGGUUCUGGCUGGCGGGCGAUCACACGGUGGAUCCCCGGACGUAUCACCAACCGCGAGUCCGGGAGUUGAUUGAUGGCAUGCACGAUGCGAAAACAAAGUUCAAGAUGACGGAGAACCAAGGCUCGAAUUUUACAAUCCUCCAUACGGAAUUUGUGCGGGAACGAGCUGAGCCAGGGAUGCUCGUCCUCGGCUCGGACUCGCACACCUGUUCUGCAGGCGCCGUCAGUUCCCUCGCUAUCGGACUCGGCGCAGCCGAUGUGAUGGCGGCGCUGGCCACUGGGGAGACGUGGUUCAAGGCCCCGGAGUCGAUCCGCGUGGAGUUCGUGGGCGCACCGGCGUGGUAUAUCCGCGGCAAAGACGUGAUCCUCUACGUUCUGAAAACCCUCAAGCGCAACACCCAUGCCGCGGAUCGGAUUGUGGAGUUCGGGGGGCCCGGGGCGCGUCAUCUGUCCUGCGACGCUCGGUUCGCCAUCUGUAACAUGUGCACCGAACUCGGUGCCAUCACGGGCCUUUUCGUCCCGGACGAGGUCACCAGCCAAUUCAUCUCGGAUCGGCCCCAAGCGCGCUACAGGACGCAAUCGCUAUACUUCCAACCGGACGCUGAUGCUUCUUAUGCUGCAACUUUCCGGAUCAAUCUGGAGGAGGUCGAAUCCUUUAUUGCCCUCCACCCGUCCCCGGACAACGUCGUGCCCGUGACUGAGAGGCUCGACAUGCGGUUCGAGGGCUGUUUCAUCGGCGCCUGCACCACCACCGAGGAAGACCUGAUCCUGGGCGCCUUGGUCCUCGAAGCCGGCCUGCAAAAGGGGCUGCCGCUGGCUCGCGGCAAACGGAUGGUGGUCCCCGGCAGUCUACCGAUCGUGAGCAACCUGCGCGCUUUGGGGCUGUUGGACAUCUACGCCCAGGCUGGGUUUACACUGCCCGCCGUGAGCUGCAGUCUGUGUCUGGGGAUGGGGGCGGACCGCGCGGGGUCGGGCGAAAAUUGGCUGUCGUCGCAGAAUCGCAAUUUCAAGAACCGAAUGGGUCCAGGUUCCACCGGCCAUAUCUGCUCUGCUGCCGUCGUCGCUGCCUCGUCUUUCAGCAUGCAGUUGACAGACCCUCGUCCUCUCCUUCGUCAGGUGUCGGUCGAGAGGUAUCAGACCUUACUCGCCAGCUGUCGACGCAUGAAGGCUGAGCCGCGUGGCAAAAUUCGAGAGCGGCUCGAGGCCAGCACAAGCCCAGUCGUCUCACCCUCUAUGCCCCCUGUGGUCGAGCCCUACUUGUCUAUUCGCCACACUGCUACUACCCCAUCGAAAAAGACACCCAGCUCAGAGCUGAAACAAGAGCAAUCCAGCAGCGCACCAGCAGGAACUAUACGCAGCCGGGUCUCGAGGUUGGGGGAUUUCGUAGAUACUGACGCGAUCAUCCCUGCAGCAUUCAUUCUGGAGAGUCCAACCGACGUCCUGCUCGGGAGUCAUUGCUUGGAGCUGACUCACCCCGAGUUUCGCGAUCAGGUUCGCGCUGGUCUGGAUGUCGUCGUCGCCGGGAAAGCGUUUGGCUGUGGUUCGUCGCGAGAGGAGGCGCCACGAGCGUUAAAAGGUCUCGGGGUGAAAUGUGUGAUUGCACGAUCGUUCUCCUUCAUCUAUGGACGCAACCAGCCAACCAUCGGCCUCCUCGGCCUCACCAUUACCGACGACGACUUCUACGCGGCGGCUCAGACUGGGGUGGCGAUUGAGAUUGACCUGCCUCGUCGACAGGUCACUGUGAGUGACCGAUCGUACCCGUUUGUGUUGGACGAGAUGGAGUUGGCCUUGAUCCAGCGACAAGGGCUGGCGGCGGCGUACAAGAUGUUUGGCAAGUCUGUUUUCCAGUCGCUC